ACUAAUUAAUUCCUGUUUGACUUCUGUGAAUUCGACCUCAAUGUAGCACGGUUGUUCCACCUAGUUUUAAAUCUCUCCAUCCUAGGCAGGAAAUUUUUUUUUUUCUCGUGUUCGCGACUUAAUAAUCCCGAAAUUCGGCUGCGAAUUAGCCAUCUUGAUGAACAUCCGAAGACCCAUGAUAGCGAGUGAAAACUACGAUUACUGAGUCUGCUUCAUCAGGAAUGGCGACAGCUGAAAAAAACUCAACAAGAUAUGCAGUUGUGACAGGUGCUAAUAAGGGAAUUGGACUGGAGAUAUGUAGGCAAUUAGAUUCGAAAGGAAUCGAGGUGAUAUUAACAGCUAGAGACGAGCAACGGGGCCUUCGAGCCGUCAAAAGCCUUGAAGAAUCCGGGAUUUCUGUAAUCUUCCAUCAACUCGACGUGACUUAUGCUGACAGUAUUGCCCGUUUGGCGGAAUUCAUCGAGACUACCUAUGGAAAGCUUGAUAUUUUAUUAAAUAAUGCAGGCGUAGGAGGUGUUAUUGUGGACUGGGAGACAUUCAAUACCAUGUCAUACGAGAAUGGCAGAAUCAAAGCCAACGCCGCUGAGCUGUUGUCAGAGCUGACGAAGCAAACUUAUGAGAUGGGCGAGGAAUGUGCAAAAACAGUCUAUUUUGGCACAAAAAACGUUACAGAGGCACUCCUUCCGCUGCUUCUUCAGUCGAAUUCUGGAAGAAUUGUGAAUGUAUCUGCAUCAAUUGGGAAGCUCCAGCAUUUCAAGAACGAAAAGGCGAAAAAGGAGCUGACCGAUAUCGAGACCCUCAAGAAGGAAAGGCUAGACGAAAUGUUGAGCGAGUUCCUGAGAGAUUUCAAGGAAGACAAGUUGGCAGCAGAAGGGUGGCCUACUCAUCUAUCGGCGUACACGGUCUCUAAAGCCGCGGUCAAUGCUUACGCUAGACUUCUUGCCGAGGAACAUCCCUGGCUCCGCGUCAAUUGCGUGUGCCCUGGUUUCGUGAAGACCGAUAGUAACGGCAACAAUGGAGUCUGCCCGGUCGAGGACGGAGCGAGAGGGCCCGUGAUGUUGGCUUUGCUGCCUGAUGAUGGGCCUUCAGGACGCUUCUUUGCCGGGACGGAGGCCUCAGGAUUUUGACCCAAGUCUUCUGCAGUACGGCCUUAAAUGAAACUUGUUCUUUCUUUCCCACGUGAAUCUUGUUCACAUGGUACUCAGUUCGAAAAACGUACGCAUUGACUGCGAAAAAGAAGGAAAUCAGUGUAAGAUAAAUAAGUCGAUAGUCUCCAUCACGUGAAGUUUGUGACUGAGAAACAACAAAAGCAUGGAAAUCUGAGAAUUGGUUUUGUAAUUUUUCUUUCUGAAGAGGCAAUUGUGAGGACCUAAAGUUCUGUGGAUCAAUGAGAUUGCCUCAUAAUUUAUGGGACAAAAAGUGGAGAAGAACAGAUGACCUAACAUGCCAAUUCCAAAAGAGUCAUCGACUUUUAGA